UCGAUUGUUUCAAGUUUAAUAUAUUUCUUCCAUUCGGAACCGAUUAAUUCGUUUAAAGCAAAUUUUCAGCCACUUAUUUUUUAACUUUCCUUUUUUUGCUUUGAAGAAUGCGCUGAAGAUAAUCUGGUGGUCGAAUGUUGUUUGCUUACCAGCUAUUGCAGUGGUCGGCUUGGCAUGCAAUCUUCUUAAUAUCCUGAUUCUCUCAACCAAUUCCUCCGCUCGACGUAUCCCAUCUUGGAAUUUGCUGUUGGCGCUAGCAACUUGUGAUUGCUUAUUUCUGGUGUUCGCAACGAUGGAGGUAACACCGAGUAGUCUGUCGCCACUUCUCGCCUCCUCGUCCCUUACUGUUGUGUAUAUACAUUCGGCACUUUAUGUACGCAUGCUUGCUUCUACUUUUUACAAAUCUUCUGUUUUAUCCUUCAGUUCAUGCCCCACGGCCAUAUUUUCCAGAUUAGUGGUGACAUUCAAUGUGGAACGGUAUAUCUGGGUCUGUCAUCCAUUAAGGGCCCAUGAUUUAUGCUCAAGUCGGGCAAGUCGAACAGCCGUGGUUUUCUGUCUGGUCAUAUCGCUGCUAUGCUCGUUACAGUGGCCAAUAUGCUACAGGAUUAGGCCUUGCUGGGAUUAUCAUCUUCGCCAGCAUUUCUAUGUUAUUGCUAUCAGUGAUAAUGCGAGUUUACAGGCAUACUAUCAGCUGAUGGACUACUUAACGCUUGCCACAUUUAACGUUUUGCCAAUUGCCGCACUUUGUGAUGGCACCAGUGGUCACAGAUCCGCUGCUCAGAGGUUUAACGCAAACGCGAUGCUUUUCGCCGUGGUGUUGAUGUUGUUGGUAUGUGUCGGGCCACAAGCACCGGCUCGGUUGCUUUUUGCGUAUUACGGUCAGUACCAUCUGACCACUAUCGCAUACACAUGCAUCACACAGCAAGUAAGCACUUUUUACUUAUUCGUAUUUUUAUGCGUUUUUGCAUAUGUGCAAAUGCAAAAAAGGAAAUUGUAAAG